UCAGAUCUGUCAGUCCAGCCAGCCUGGUCCCUCCCACCACUGUGGAGGCAUUACAUACUGCUGGUGCUCUUAGCAACCGUGCCUCAGCAACAGAGCCACGGCAAGCAGCGUGCCGUGUCUCCCCAAUGGAGCUGCCAUUGGGUGGACCAGCUCUCAGGCACUACACCCAGAGCAGACCGAGACCUCACCGGCAAAAGCUGAACUACCGUCCCAGCAGACCGCAGGAGACGAUAAUAGAGAGUGAAAAUGAAGUUCUUGAGCACAUGGGCCGUGUGGAUGAAGGAGUGGAGGAGUUCUUUACAAAGAAAGUACUUCCCACGGAUACCCUGACCAAGCAGGAUGAGGAAACUAUCACGCAACAAGAAGUGGCUCCUGCUAGCUCUGUUGCACCCUGUCCUCCACCAGCAAAAACUCUCAGGAGGAAGCUGGGCGAUUUCUUCACCCUCAAGAGAAAGCGGGGUCUGAAGUCCGAGCCGAGCCAGGAGGGUCGCCCCAAAAAGGCCUCCAUCGCCGAUUUCAUCCGGCCUCUUAGGGAGGUGGCCAGGUCGGAGAAAGAGAAGGAGAGAGAGCGGGUGAAGGAGCUCGACAAGGAGAAUGAAAAGGAGAAAGCGAAAGCACAUCCCAGUGCUGUUACUGGAGAGGAAGCUGUCCAGGAGACACAGGUUAGCGGCGACGCGCCGCUGAGGGGCGAGGCUGCGCCUCCCCGCCGAGCUCUCAGAGAGGGGAAAUCCCAGUCUCUCAUUCUGCUGUCUGGAUCAGCGGCAGCGGGAGCCACCAAUGCCAGAAACACAGCGAAGAAACAGUUUGAAGGCCAGCACAGCUUUGAGCAGAAACUCCAUCUCAUGCUUCAGCGCAUUGGAGUCUCCAAACCUCCACUGGGAGAAACACAGAAUCAAGAGGGAGAGAUGAAAAAGGCUGAAUCUGAAGGUACCAUCAUUGAUAAUAAACCCGAACCACCUUCUACUUUUUCAAAACCUCGGACAAUGUCUGCGUCCUCAGACACACGGCAUCAAAUUCGGGUGAGCGUGUCGGCACACGAGGCAGCCGGGAAACCCGCCCUGCUCCCAAAGCCGAUAAUCAAACCAGCUCUCCCUCCCGCCACGUCUGGCCGCAACACGCCCGAGAACGAGCUAGCACAGAUCCGGGAAGCAGAGACGACCGCGUCCACCAAGCCCAGUCCGGCCGCGGCUCCGUCUGCCUCUGCUUCUCCUGACCAGGCCGUCGCCGCCUCCACUUCUGUCCCGACAAUCUCUAAUUCAGUCCCUCACUCCGCCAGCGUCACCGUUUCCUCUCCAAGCACCGACAGAGAGAUAUGCACCGACUCAGCGAACCCCGCUGCAGCAGCUACAACGUCCCCCAGCAGUGACAGAAGAACCUCAGUCCCUAAAUCUGGUGCUCCCGACGCGGAAGCACCCGGCUCUACGAUUACAAGCACCUCCACACCAACAGAGGCCCCUGACACAGCCUCUGUCAUACCCACCUCCUCAGAGUCCAUUACCUCAAGUCUUUCCGUCCCUUCCACCUCAAAAAUGGUAACCACUUCUUCCAUCCCCACCCUGGAAACUAGUUCAGCUUCCUGUCAGCAGAGCUCAGUUUCCAAAACGUCAACAGAUCUGCCAACUGAGGCGACGUCACUGGAGCCAAACGAUGCUCUCUCAGCCGCCGGAGGUGAUGUUUCUGUCACCGACGCGGCUUCUUCUUCCUCCACCAGCACGUCAGAUUCAGGCCUGCAUGCUCCCCCUAGUACCUCUGUAACAACCUGUCAUCCUCCUAAUUCUGGUAUCGUUACAGCUGCAGCUACACGUGAUGUCCCCCUUACCACGGCCUCCCCUGUCGUCCCUGAUCUGCCCCCUCCCACUGCCGGCGAAACCCUCGGCCCAACGUCCAGCGACCACGUGGACUCUGCCACCUCUCCUGCCACCCUCCAGUCAGCCGCUGAGCCCUCUGCCGCUCCCUCCACUUCUUCCAGCGACACAAACCCCACAGACACCGCCUCCACUGCGACCAGUUUAAAUCGAGCAGACACCACCUCCACCAGCAGCUCGGCAGGCGCUGCUGCAAUUAGCUCCCCGCACGCAUCUGGGUCAGAUCCAGUCUCCGCCGUUCCCACGGAUGAAGAGUCAAGUGCCACUCCUCGCCGCUCGGGCAGUCCAGCACCCCCUGAUGGUGAUCCUCGCCAGAGCAAAGAUUUACAGAUGUUGCACGAAGAGCAGGGGGAAGGAGGGAAACCAGGAAAACCCACGAAAACAGACACUGCAGUAGAUGAGCCUUCUGAGAUGGUCAAACGGACCAAAUCAUCUGAGCUGGAUGAAAAGAAAGAAGUCGUCCACGGUGAGAAGGAGAGCGACAGUGACGGCGACAAACCAGUGGUUGACAAUGGUGAUGUAACAAGAAAUGAAGUGCAGGAAGAAAGCGUGAAAGCUGAGGGGGACGCUCUGUCCGAGCCUGAGCCGGUCACAGCGGGCGAGAGGAGCCGAGACGACACCGUCAAUGAGGCUCAAGAGCAAGAGGGAACCACGUCUGCAGGUGAUAAGUGAAAAAUGAUAACGUCGCUGAAUACGGGACCGACAACUGUGACAGACAGGAGAGUCCACAGCGAAGAGUACGAGGGAUGAGGAAGGUUGGGGAGAGAGCUGAUCAAUGGCACUUCCAACAGGGACCACCACAUUACUGCAGCACACCACUAAGAGUGGGCCACUGGACCAAAGAACUACGAUCCUCUUGGUGUGAUGUAAUCAACAAAUCCAGCAGUGUCUUUGUCCUUUUUUUAACUUAUGUUGAGAUUUUGCAUUGCACGUAUGAUUAUGUGCUAUAAGAAAAAUAUUGUGGUAAAAUACAUGAUGUUUACAAAAGAUGGAAAAGAGAGAUAGCUAUGACUAUUAAAUGGAUUAUUCAGUUCA